GGAUCAACAAUGGGAGACGCAGCACGUCACCCAAGGGUUUAUCAUUUCCAGAUCGAUCGUAAUCGGAAUCCCACAGGUUAACGUUCACCAAUUUCUCUUUAGCUUCUCUCCGGAUGGCCACCUCCGCCGUCGCCUCGGGUGCCAGAUCGAUGCUUCGAGCAGCUUCCUCUCGGGGCCGGUUCGCCUCUCAAGCGAAAUCCGUCCCUCCCAUGUUUAGAGCCACCGCUAGAAGAAGCUCACUGCUUUCACCUCUCCGGAAUCCAGUGGAAAUGAGCUUCUGUAUGGAGUCAAUGUUACCCUACCACACUGCCACAGCUUCUGCGCUUAUGACUUCAAUGCUUUCCACCUCUGCGCAUAGCUACGCCUGGCUCUCUCACGCUUGCAAUGAUGAUGUGUGAUUGAUGAGUUAGCCUGGAGAUCACUGAAGCUACAUUUUAUCUUGCAUAGAGGACUUUUGAUGAUGUCUACAAGUACCAAAUGCGAAUCCCAGAGAAGGUUUUAAGAGGGUUUAGGCAAAAAAAUAGUUGUUGUACUUCCCAAACACAAAUGAUCUCUUUGUCUUGAGUUUUCUUUUUCAUAUUGAAGACAGAUCCUCCCAAGUUUGAAUAUCAACUCUCUGUUACAUCAACACACUCAACAUUGCAUCUCUGUUAUUAAAGUAUCUCUCUGUCUUCAA